AAAAAAUAGGAGUCUCCUCUGUUGCAGCCAAAACCAAGCAAGGAAAACAGUAGAAGAACUAACGGUUCUCUCAAAAAGUUCCUACAAAUGAAACCCAAUCUGCUGACUGCUGAUUCCUUUCUUAUUUUCAAUUCCAUAACUCUGCUAUCAAGGAAUUCUAUUCCAUUUCCCAGGAAUUCAAUUCCACACCCCAAUCACUUUCUCUCCAUAGUCUCCCCACACCCCAAUUCCUCCAAACACUCUCGUUUACUCCCAAUCUGCUCUUCUUCAAACCCCGCUAGAAAGCAAUCAAGUCCCGCCAACGAAGAGUCAUUGAAUUCCAAUGUUGAAGUUCUUGGUGGAGAUGAAUUGGAGAGGAAUUUGAAUGUCCAAGUUGCGAAUCCUGUUGUUCCUGCUUAUAUUCAGUCAUGGACCAAGCUUAGUUUGAGCGAUCAAGCUUUCUUUCUCUUAUCUUUUAUUGCUUUCACGACUUCUAUAGCAUUUACAUGCCUUGUUGCUGCUGCCGUUCCAACACUGUUUGCAGUGGGGAGAGCGGCAACAUCUCUUUCAAAGCUAGCAGAUACUGCUCGUGAGGAACUGCCCAGUACAAUGGCUGCGAUUAGGCUUUCAGGCAUGGAAAUAAGUGAUCUUACAUUGGAAUUAAGUGAUUUGAGCCAAGAGAUAACUGAUGGGGUCAAUAAAUCAGCACAAGCAGUUCAAGCAGCAGAAGCUGGAAUUCGACAGAUUGGGACACUUGCUCACCAGCAUACUAUUUCCAUGAUUCAAGAGAGGGCUAGCUUGCCAAUCAUUUCCCUGCAGCCCGUUGUUGCUGGUGCUGCAAAGAAGACUUCCCGUGCUGUUGGCCAAGCCACCAAGACCAUCAUGAAUAUUAUUUCACGAGGAGAGUUCAAUACGGAGGAGAAAGAAGAUAGAAGUAGAAUUGAUAGGGUGGAAAUAUGAGAAGUCUGACGUCGUCUGGUUUGGACAUACACGUGUCUACAUAUAGUAGAUAAACCAAGUUGUCUGCUAAAAAAAAAAAAUAAUAAAAAAAAAAAAUUAAGAAUGUAGUCUGCCUGAAUAGUUCACUCUACGUGAUGUUGCAUUGCCCCCACACCAUUUUAGAGACAAUAAAAGGAUGGUGUUCUUUCCA